GGUUUGCUUCGUAGCCUACCAAUGGGUUUGGAAUAAGGCGGGUCUUACACAAGGUUGGUUGCACCCAAGCCCUAGCCCGGGACUGGAACGAGUUGAGUUGCAGCUCUGACGUGCGUUUUGGGGUAGAUUUGAAGGAUCGGGUAAGGCGGCGUGAGAGUUAUUACUGUACUUUUCAAAGCUUCGCCCCUUGCAGCAGUUACUCUGAUCUCCAGAAAAAAACUGGGUAACAUUUCAAAAAGUAUUCAGCAGAGGCACUGGGAAAAAUAUAAAAAUCUAAAUGAAAACUGAGCGCUGAUACAAGGCUUUACCAUGGCAACUGGUAUUUCAAAUCUAGGAACUUCCUUUGGAAGUUCAAGUAAUACUUUGGUUUCAAGUUCCAGCAAAUUCCAGAAUCCACCGGUUGAGGAGGAUGACGACGAUGAUGUUGUUUUUGUUGAACCUACUCAGCCUACAAAAAGCUUGACAUCUCCAGCUAAUGCAUCGUCUGGUGCUGUCAAGAAUGAAGCGCAACAGGGCAGUGAUUCCAAGGUAGCACCUGCAAAGGAUUCUUUUCCCCAGAAAGAAAAACUUUCAGAACCAAUUGUAAUAGAUGAUGAAGAAGACAUGGAGACCAGUCAGGGACAGGCCAGAAAUGCCUCUGGUGUCGAAGGGAAAGGGUCUGAACUACUAAAAAAGAGAGAAUUUUCAACCUCAAAUGUUCCUUCAGGUAAGGUGAAAACAGGCGUGGGAAGUGUUGGUAUUAGCACAGAUCCAGAUUCUGAGAUUCAAAUCGCAAAUGUUACAACACUGGAUGGAAGAACAAGCUCCACAAAUGAGGCAUCUAAACAACAUCUUGCAGGAAGUGAUAUGAAUUUGAUGAUCACAAAUGUAACCUCUCUGCGGAGUGCAGGAACAGGAGAGUCAGCAAAUGGGCCACAGUCUGCCAACUACAAUUCUAGUAUGCAAACAUACACUCCUUCAUUGCCUUCACAGUCAAAGGCAGGCUUGGGAACAUUUAACCCAGGUAGAAUUAACACGGCUGCAAAUGUUUUUCAGAAUGGCGAGUCUGUGCCGCAUCAUAGUUCUGAUUCUUGGAUAUCUCAGUCAGCAUCAUUUCCCAGAAAUCAGAAGCAGCCAGCUGUUGAUUCUGUCUCACCUGUAAGCUCGUUGCCCAAACCAGUGUUGCAGUCACCAUCUUCUCAACAGCCUUCCAAGAGUAUAAAAGUCACCUGUGCAAAUUGUAAGAAGCCACUGCAGAAAGGCCAGACAGCGUAUCAACGGAAAGGGUCAGCACAUCUCUUCUGUUCAACAUCUUGCCUCUCUGCUUUCUCCCACAAACCUGCCCCAAAGAAGCAGUGUACAAUGUGCAAAAAAGAUAUAACUACAAUGAAAGGCACAAUUGUUGCACAAGUUGAUUCAAGUGAGUCAUUUCAAGAGUUCUGCAGUACAGCAUGCUUGUCGCAAUAUGAGGAUAAACAGAAUGCAUCUAAAGGGACUCCAGCUAAAUCCAGAUGUACAGUAUGUGGCAAGUUAACAGAGAUUCGACAUGAAGUAAGCUUUAAAAACAUGACUCAUAAGCUAUGUAGUGACCACUGCUUCAAUAGGUAUAGGAUGGCAAAUGGCUUGGUGAUGAAUUGCUGUGAACAUUGUGGAGAGUACUUGCCAACAAAAAGCGCUGCAAACCAUUUCCUUAUGAUUGAAGGGCAGCAGAAGCGGUUUUGUUCCCAGAAUUGUGCCAGUGACUUUAAACAGAAACAUGGCAAAUUAACACCGUGUACAGGGUGUAGAACUCAAUGCAGGUACUUUGACAUGACUCAGUGCAUAGGAGCUAAUGGAAGCAUGGAGCCAUAUUGUUCCACCACGUGUAUGAAUUUGCAUAAAUCCAGAUGUGUCAGACCACAAGUGGUUGGCAUUAUGUGCCACUUUUGUAAAAGAAAUUCGUUACCUCAGUUUCAAGCAACUAUGCCUGAUGGAAAAUUGUACAGCUUCUGCAGCUCAAACUGUGUGGCUAAAUUUCAGGCGCUUAGUGUACAGUCUUCUGCAAAUGGCCAGCUUGCAGCCCCAAGCGAUGUUCAGCUGAAAUGCAACUACUGCAAGAGUAUAUUUUGUUCGAAGCCUGAAGUGCUUGAAUGGGAGAGUAAAGUUUAUCAGUUCUGCAGUAAGAUUUGUUGUGAUGACUAUAAAAAGCUGCACUGCAUAGUUACUUUCUGUGAAUACUGCCAGGAGGAGAAAACUCUACACGAAGCAGUAAAAUUCUCAGGGGUUAAAAGGCCAUUCUGCAGUGAAGGCUGCAAGCUGCUGUUCAAACAAGACUUUGCAAGACGUUUAGGUUUGAAAUGCGUUACAUGCAACUACUGCACUCAGAUGUGUAAGAAGGGAGCAAUCAAAGAAAUUGAUGGUGUUGUGAGAGAUUUUUGCAGUGAAGAUUGUGCCAAAAAGUUUAAAGAGUGGUACUUUAAGGCUGCAAGGUGUGACUGCUGUAAAACCCAGGGGAAUCUUAGAGAGACUGUUCAGUGGCGUGGAUCAAUGAAGCAUUUUUGUGAUCAACAUUGUUUGCUUCGUUUCUACUGUCAACAGAAUGAGCCAAACUUGUCGACUCACAAAGGACCAGAGAAUUUGUAUUAUGAUCACAGUGCUCAGACUUCAAGACCAAAAAUGGGAGGUUCAAAUUUAAUGGCAGCAGUACCACCCUCUUCUCCAGCAGUUCCAAAGGACAUGAAGAAUAAAGCUGUGCUUUGCAAGCCAUUAACCAUGACGAAAGCAACGUUCUGUAAACCCCAUAUGCAAACUAAAUCCUGCCAGACAGAGGAAGGUGUGACGGUUUCAGAGGAGCCUGUAAAAACAGUUUUAGAUGAAGCAAUGAAGAUGGUUUCAGAAGAUGAUGUGAAAACUAGUUCUGAGGAAACUGUAGAGAUGGUUUCAGAAGAAGCUGUUAAAACUAGUUCAGAUGAAACUGUGAAGAAGGAGUAUGUUCCUGUGCCUGUUCCUGUACCUGUCUAUGUUCCAGUGCCUGUUCACAUGUACACGCAGAAUACUCCAGUUUCUGUCUCUCUUCCUGUACCAGUUCCUGUUCCACUUGUAUUGCCUACCACGCUGGAUAGUGCUGAUAAAAUUUUGGAAACUAUAGAAGAAAUGAAGAAAGUGUUCUCUGCAAGUGUGAAACACCCAACAAAUGAUGUAAAUGACAGCAUUUUGAAACAUCAGUCGCACACUCCAGAAGAGUUAACUGAACGGACAACAACCUUGAGUCCUUUACAUAUUCAUCUUGUAAAAGAUGUCUUAGUGCGACCUUCAGAACCUGUAGAUGAACUUGAUAGAAGAGUUCCUGCAGAGACUGUAGAGUGUGUGGAUGAACUGAAUGAUGAGGUCCCAGUAUGUCCUGCAGAAAGACUGAUCAAGGAAGUUCCAGAUGGUCAGUUGGAGAUGGAGCAAUCUAAAGACAAGAGUCCAGAUCGGACUGUGGAAGAUCUGAAAGUGCCAUCAAGUGUUUUGCGGACUACUGGGGAGCUGAAAGGUGGGAUUCAGGUAGUUGUAACAGAAGCUGUAACAGAAGCUGUAACAGAACUUGAGGGAAACCUUGCAACAAGCUCACUGGACACUGCAAAAGAACUGAGGGAUGAAGCCUCACCUGUACCUCUGCGGACUACUGAGGAACUAAAAUAUGAAGCCUCAAGAUGUACAGGAGUCAAAAAUGAAUUUUCAACAGGUCCAUUGAGGUCUGCAGGUGAAGUGAAGUAUGAAGUUCCACAGAGUCCUUUUGGGACUACAGAGGCUUUCCCCAGUUCGUUUGUUUUUGGAGAGGAUCUAAAGUACAGUGUUCCAAAAGGUUCAGUGGGAAGUGCAACAGAACUGAAGGAAGUUUUUGAACUGAAUCCACUGGAAAACAUAGUGGAACCACUAGAUGAUGCAUCAAGUCCAGUGGAAUCGUUAGAUGAACUAAAGGUAGAGGUCAUAGGAAGUCCGGGGGAGUCUGUAAAUGAACUGCUCAAAGAGGGCCCUAAGAGUCCCAUGGAGACUGUAGGUGAAUUAAAAGAAAGCACACCAUCCACUUCUGUGGAAAUUGAAAAUUUGUUUAUGUCCAAGUUAACUGAAGGUGAUGAGAAGCCAGUGACUCUUAAUUCAUGCAAUGGGAGCAGCAACAGUGACUUGCUGAAAAGCCUCUCUAUGGAGAAAUGCUUAGGCAUACCUGAUGUUUCGUAUGAACCAGGGCUUGAUUUAGAAGUUGAUUUUCCCAGAGCAUCUGCUGAAGAACUUGAUACAGAAAGUGAAUUCCUUCUACCUCCUGUAUUUGGUGAAGAAUAUGAAGAACCAUCUAAGCCCAGAGUUAAAAAUAAGGGAGCAAAGAAAGCAGCAGUUUCUGGUCAUCAGUCCCAAAACGAUAAUCCUGACACUCCAGAGAAUAGGUUCCCUUUCAACUAUAUGUAUGGUGUAAAUGCUUGGAAACACUGGGUGCUGUCCAAGAAAUCUGAAGAAGAAACUGUAAUAGACCAUCUAAAAUCUGCAAAGCCAGUACGAUUAAAAGAAGAUAUUCUGUCACACACAGUUGAUGAGUUAAAUCUUGGUUUGGCUCAGUUUAUAAAGGAAGUCAGAAGACCAAAUGGAGAGACCUAUGCACCUGACAGCAUUUAUUAUCUCUGUCUUGGAAUUCAGGAAUAUCUCAGUGGAAAUAACAGGAGUGAUGGUUUGUUUACUGACUCGUGUUACCAGACAUUUGGACAGGAGCUGAACAGAAUUUUGCGGACCUGGCAACCAAGCAUACUUCCAGAUGGAUCCAUAUUCUCACGUAUUGAAGAAAAUUAUUUAUGGAGUGCAAAACAGCUGGGGUCACAUUCACCAUCAAUUUUGCUCAAUACUUUAUUGUACUUUAACACUAAGUAUUUUGGUCUCAAAACUGUGGAACAGCACUUAAGAAUUUCAUUUGGAAAUGUAUUUAAGCAAUGGAAGAAAAACUCUUUGACAAAGGAGAACUGUGUAUGUCUUCGAUAUCAAGUAUCAUCCCUUUGUGGAAAUGACAGCGAAGAUAAAAUAUCUUCUGGAAAAAGAAAGCAUGAAGAUGAUGAACCAGUAUUUGAACAGAGGGAAAACAAGGCAAAUCCUUCCAGAUGUCCUGUUAAAAUAUUUGAAUGCUACCUCUCAAAAAGCCCACAGAGUCUUAAGGAGAGAAUGGAUGUCUUUUACCUGCAGCCAGAAUCCUCCAUUUCACCAGACAACCCAUUGUGGUACUCCUCCAGUCCUUUGGAACGCAGCACAUUAGAAAAUAUGCUUGCACGGAUUCUUUUAGUAAAAGAAAUUUAUGAUGAAAGAGACAAUUAUGAGUUGGACGAAGACACAGAAUAAUUAAAAAAAAACAAAACAAAAAAAAAAACUGCAUUUUGGAGGACAGCAUUAAAAACGCCAUGCUGCUAGACCUUACUGCGGAGAAAUACAAGUUUACUCUUCCUCUGCCCACGAGUUUUGUAGCAAUGUACCCAGAUUGGGUAGAUCUUGUAAAUAAACUAUGUUAGUGA